AUGUCUAGCUAUUUGAACCAGUCAGUUGUUUUGGCUACUGCUGGAUAUGACCACACAAUUCGAAUUUGGGACGUGUUAUACACAACUUGCCUUUUAACGAUCCCAUUUACUGAUUCGCAAGUAAAUGCUAUAGCCAUUAACCGGGAUAAAAAGUGUCUGGCAGCCGCAGGUUGUUCUGUAAUUAAAUUGUUCGAUAUUACCGGCGAACAUACAGAUCCGCUCAUUGGCUUUGAAGACCAUGCAGGAAAUAUCAAAUCUAUCGGUUUUCAAAAGGACUCAAAAUGGCUAUUUACCGCAGCAGAGGAUGGGCUUCUUAAAAUUUGGGAUACUAGAACAUCAAAAUGUCAACGUCAUUUUGGAGCUAAAGGAGACGGCGCCAUCAACCAAGCAAUACUCCAUCCCAAUCAGGCCGAGAUUUUGUAUGUAACGUCUACAGGCCAUUUGAGAACAUGGGACCUGUCCACUAAUUCUUGUAUAGAAAACAUUGCAGUGGUUCCACAUUCCUUGGAUUCGAUAUCUAUUUCUUUAGAUGCAUCUAGCUUGAUUGUCUCAAGCUACUUGGGCUCCGUUUACAAGUGGGAGCUAAUCAAUUAUAAUGGCUCAAUCCAAAGCUCACCUCAAUCAUCCUUUAAGGCACAGGGGAAGUAUCUCACUCGUGCACUGUUGAGUCCUGAUGGAAAGAGAAUUUCUACAUUCUCAUCCGAUACAAAUUUGAGGCUAUGGGAUGCUUCAUCCUUUCAGCUGACAUGCACCCUCUCGGGACAUCAAAAAUGGGUCUGGGAUGGUGUAUUUUCAAUUGACUCGGCAUUCUUAAUAAGCGUCUCCACAGAUCAAACAGCCAGGCUGUGGGAGCUCUCCACUGGGUUGACGCUUAAAGAAUAUGCUGGCCAUAAAAAGGGAAUCAUAUCGGUUGCAUUGAACGACAUUCCUUGUAUAUAA